UCUGGGCGAACUGGGUCUGAGAAGCGCUGGUUACGGGCUCCCCAGGGGCGUGCGUCGCUGUCCCUGGUGCUGAAAACUCCCCAGGAGCUGUCCGGUGCUGAACCCGGAUGCGGCCCGGCCCGCGGCGCUCGGCCCUGAGCUGGGAGCGCUGACGCAGUCCGCCGGGAGAGCAGGAAGCGGCCGGGAUGGACCUGCAGAGACUGGACUCCUAUCAGGGGGGAGCCGGCCCGGACCACGUCCUGCACAAGACUAUCCUGGUGGGUGACAGUGGCGUGGGGAAGACGUCGCUGCUGGUGCAGUUCGACCAGGGCAAGUUCCUCCCAGGCUCCUUCUCGGCCACUGUGGGCAUCAGCUUCACGGUGAUGCUUCUGGGAGACUCGGGCGUCGGCAAAACCUGUUUCCUGAUCCAAUUCAAAGACGGGGCCUUCCUGUCCGGGACGUUCCUAGCCACGGUCGGCAUAGACUUCAGGAACAAGGUGGUGACGGUGGACGGAGUGAGGGUGAAGCUGCAGAUCUGGGACACAGCGGGGCAGGAAAGGUUCCGCAGCGUCACCCACGCGUACUACCGAGAUGCCCAGGCCCUGCUCCUUCUGUACGACAUCACCAAUAGGUCUUCCUUCGACAACAUCAGGGCCUGGCUCACAGAGAUUCACGAGUAUGCCCAGAGGGAUGUGGUGAUCAUGUUGCUAGGUAACAAGGCGGAUGUGAGCGGUGAGAGAGUGAUCCGUUCCGAGGACGGCGAGACACUGGCCAGGGAGUACGGAGUCCCCUUCAUGGAGACCAGCGCCAAGACAGGCAUGAAUGUGGAGCUGGCGUUUCUGGCCAUCGCCAAGGAGCUGAAGUACCGAGCCCGCCGGGACGCCCAGGCCUACGAACCCAGCUUCCAGAUCCGAGACUAUGUAGAAGCCCAGAGGAAGCGACCUAGCUGCUGCUCCUUCGCGUGAACCCCAG